AUGUCUGACAGUCCGUUGAGCAAGAAACAGAGACGUGAUUUAGGAGAUAAAACACCUGAGCCAGCUACACUUCCCAAUGUAACUCCUACACACUCCCAAACAUCUGAAAGUUUUUUAAAUGAUGAAAAUGAUGAAGAUAAUGACGUUAUGCCAUCAAAUAUAUCUUAUUCGAAAUCGCGAACACCGAGAAAGCUAGUAAUUGGAUCUACAGAUAAUAGAUUUGCCUUUUCACAACCUUUAAAUUCAAAUCCUGCUUCAUCACUUCAAGUUCCAACGCUACAACCUCCGUUGACACAACAGAGCCGAUCGGGUCGCAAGAUUAAAACCUAUUCACAAUCACCACCACGAUCCCCCGGCCGAUCUCAAGGUAGAUCACCUACAAGAAAACUAGAAUUGAUUCAAUUAUCUCCAAUCAAAAAUAGUAGAGUCGAAUUACAGAAAUUAUAUAGUGCCCACAAUUUGAAAUUGAAAAAAGAAGGAAGAUUAUACAUUAAUAAAUUGGUUUUGAAUGAUUUUAAAUCUUAUGCGGGGAGACAAGUAGUUGGUCCAUUUAGUACGAGUUUUUCAGCUAUUGUUGGUCCCAAUGGUUCAGGAAAAUCAAAUGUUAUUGAUUCAAUGUUAUUUGUUUUUGGGUUUCGUGCAAAUAAGAUGAGACAGGACAGAUUGGCUGACUUGAUUCAUAAAUCAGAAAAAUAUCCAAAUCUUCCCUCAUGUUCGAUAGAGGUCCAUUUCCAAUACGUUAACGACCUUCCUGAUGGUUCAACCAAAAUUGAUACAGAGAAGGGUGAUCUAGUCAUUACUAGAAGAGCUUUCAAAAACAAUUCUUCGAAGUAUUACAUAAAUAACAAAGAAAGUAAUUAUAAAACUGUAACAGAAUUACUGAAACAAGAAGGUAUUGAUUUAGAUCACAAAAGAUUUUUAAUUUUGCAAGGUGAGGUCGAAAAUAUUUCACAGAUGAAAGCUAAAGCAGAGAAGGAUAACGACGACGGGUUACUGGAAUACUUAGAGGAUAUAAUAGGCACUACUAAAUAUAAACCUUUAAUUGAACAGAACGCCACCGAAAUGGAAUCCCUAAACGAUAUAUGUAUCGAGAAAGAGAACAGAUUUGAGAUUGUUGACCGAGAUAAAACGGCAUUAGAAAAGGAUAAGGAUGCUGCACUUGAAUAUUUAGAAAAAGAAAAACAACUAACAUUGGCUAGAUCAAAGAGGUUACAAGUUCAAAUAUUAGAGUCCAAUGUGAAAUUGAAAAAUUCUUUAGAAAAAGUCUCAGAAUUAAAUUCACAAUUAGAAAUAGAGAAAGAAAAGUUUGAGUCUCAACAACAGCAGAUUUCGUCAUUGGUACAAUCACACGAUUUAAUGAAUCAAGAGCUAAAUAAACUCGCUUCGGAAGAGAAAACAAUAAAUAAGGAUAAAAGAGAGAAUAAAACGAAAGAAGUUUCGUUAGAAGAGAUGUUGAAGAGUUUAUCACACAAGAAAAGAAAAGCUGAGAAGUCCUUAAAAACUACUCGAGAAAAGAUUAAAGAAUGUGAGACACAAUUAAGAAACUUCGGAGAGGAGUCGAUCGAGGAUGAAGAAACAUUACAGAAUUUAAAUAGAGAAUUGGAAGAAGAAAAAGUAAAAUUAGAAAAUAUCAAAAUUUCUUUAAAAGAAAAGACUAGUGAUAUAUCGAAAGAUAUAACGAAGUAUGAGAACGAACUCGAACCUUGGAAAGUAAAAAUGCAGGAAAAAACACUGCAAAUCCAAUUGAUGGAAUCAGAGAUAUCUGUUUUACAGGAAAUGCAGAUAAACCUAGAAAAUGAUAUAGCUAAUACCAAAAGUGAAAUUAACCUCAAAACACAAGCUAUUGAUGAGAACCAAAAAAUGAACGAAAAUUUAGCGGAUGAACAACAAGUUUUAAAGAAAGAAAUACUUGUAGGCGAAAGAGAAUGCAAGACUGCUAAGGAAAAGUUGAAAGAUAUGCAAAUUGUACUAAAUACUCAAAGACAACGGGCCACUGAGGCAAGAUUUGCAUUAUCAAGCGUUCAAAAUAAAAACAAGGUUUUUGCUGCACUUUCAAGACUGCAAAAAUCUGGUCGUAUAUCUGGUUUCUACGGGAGAUUGGGAGAUUUGGGUAUCAUACCCAAAAAAUAUGAUAUUGCUAUAUCUACCGCAUGCCCUCGUCUGGAUGAUAUAGUUGUCGAAACUGUUGAAUGUGGCCAACAAUGUAUUGAAUACUUAAGGAAAAACAAAUUAGGUUAUGCAAGAUUUAUUUUACUGGAUAAAUUAAGAAAUCUGAAUACAAACCCAAUUCAAACACCUAACGAUGUACCGCGUUUGUUCGACCUUAUACAACCACAGCAAGAAAAGUUUAUCCAAGCUUUCUAUUCUGUCCUUAGAGAUACAUUAGUUGCAAAGGAUCUUAAUCAAGCGAAUAAUGUUGCGUACGGUAAGAGAAGAUACAGAGUUGUUACCUUGGACGGUCAGUUGAUUGACAUUUCUGGUACAAUGAGUGGUGGUGGGAACCAGGUAUCACGUGGUUUAAUGAAAUUGGGAGAUAAAUCCACUGUUCAGAUGGCAAUGUGCACCGCAGAAGACGUACAGAAGAUAGAAACUGAAUUGAAUGAGAGAGAAAAGAAUUUCAAAGUUGCAAAUGAUACUUACCAUGAAAUGGAAAUGGAACUAACAAGAUUAAAAGAUAAAGAACCCCAAGUCGAAUUAGAAAUAUCAAAAUUAUCAUUAGAUCUGGACUCCUUGAAGAGCGAGAUUCAACUUCUUAAUAAAAGUCUUGAACAAAAACUUACCUCAUAUGCUGCAGCUCAAAAUAAUAAUGAUGAGGUAGAUAAUGCCCAGAGAAAACUUGAUGAUCUUAGGAAGGAAUUUUCGGAUUUGGAAAGUCAAACUAAAACAACACAAGAGAAACUUCAAAAAUUAAGGGAGAAAAUCAUGGAAAUUGGUGGGAUUAAUCUGCAAUUACAGAAUUCAAAAGUAACUUCACUUUUGGAACGAAUCGAUACAACACAACGUAAGCUAAAAAAGAAAAAAUCUGAGAUUAAGAAAAAAGGAAAUGAAACAAAGAAAUUGAAUAAGACACUUGAAUCUACGGCAACUGAUUUGAGAACAUGCGAAGCUGAGAUAACCAAGUUAGAAACUCAACUUUUGGAAACGAAAGAGAACAUAUCCGAACUAGAUAAUUCUUUAGAAGGUUUGCUAAAUAAGAAGGAAGAUAUGAACGAUAAAAUCAAGGACGUUAAAGAAAAAAUAUCUGAAUUUGAAUUAGACCAUAAUCAGUAUCAAUCGUUUAAACUAGAAGUCGAGAACAAAUUAGAAAAACUAACCAAACUUGUCCAUUAUGUAAAGAAAGAAAUUAAGGAAUUCGAUAAAGAUUUAAACAAUUUAGCCAUAAGAGAUGUCACACAGAUUUUACAACAAUUAGAGGAGGAAAAAUCGGAAACUACCUCCCCAGAAAAAAAUGGAAUAUCUACACAUGGCGAUGAGGUACUACCAGAGCACAAUCCCUCCAAUAACUCAUCCAAUGCACCUACAAAUGUGAUUGAACGUACAGAGAUUCACAUUGAUGAUAUUGAGGAAAAUGAGGAUGAAGAAGAUGAUAAAUGUACUGAAGAUGCCAUGGAUGUUGACUCAGAACAGGGAGAAAUUUCUAAAGGCAUUCAAAGAUUAAAUGAUGCUGAACUUCAAAAUAUUGACAAGGAUAUUUUAGAUCAAGAGAUUUUUGCCUUGGAUGAGUAUCUAAAUACCACUAAUGCAAAUAUUGACAUUUUGGAAGAGUAUGUAAAAAGAUUAAUCGAGUAUAGAAACAGGAAAAAUGAUCUAAAUAGUGCUAUCCAGAGAAGGGAUAAGAUUGGAAAGAUACUGGAGGAUUUAAAAACCAAGAGAUAUGACGAGUUUAUGGAGGGUUUCAGUAUUAUCUCUAUGACAUUGAAGGAGAUGUAUCAAAUGAUAACCAUGGGUGGUAAUGCAGAAUUGGAAUUAGUCGACAGUCUGGAUCCUUUUUCUGAAGGUGUUACAUUCAGUGUAAUGCCUCCCAGGAAGAGUUGGAGAAAUAUCACAAAUCUCUCAGGUGGGGAAAAGACACUAAGUUCAUUGGCGUUGGUGUUUGCAUUGCACAAGUACAAACCAACGCCAUUAUAUGUCAUGGACGAAAUUGAUGCUGCUCUUGAUUUUAGAAACGUUUCCAUUGUUGCAAAUUAUAUUAAAGAAAGUACGAAAAAUGCUCAAUUUGUUGUUAUCUCAUUAAGGAACAACAUGUUUGAGUUAGCGCAACAGCUUGUCGGCAUAUAUAAGAGGGAUAACAUGACUAAAAGUGUAACUCUACAGAAUGAAGAUAUUUUCGAAGAAAGUACUUAG